AAAAAAGCCUAUAUAAGAAGUAAACAUGAUACUAUCAUCAUAUAGGAAGCAAAAAAAGAAAAAAAUAAUAAUAAAUACUUCAUAAACUGAAGUAGCAAAGAAAGAAAAUAUGGGUCUUGGAGGAACUUUGGAGUAUAUUUCUAAUAUGAUGAACAUUAGUCAUAAAUCCAAUAAUAAGAAGAGGCAAUUUCAUACUGUAGAGCUCAAAGUAAGAAUGGAUUGUGAUGGCUGUGAGCUUAAAGUCAAGAAAACUUUGUCUUCAUUAAGUGGUGUAAAAUCAGUGGAGAUAAACAGGAAACAACAAAAGGUGACAGUAACAGGAUAUGUGGAAGCAAACAAAGUGUUAAAGAAGGCAAAAUCAACAGGGAAAAAGGCUGAGAUUUGGCCUUAUGUGCCUUACAAUUUAGUGGCUCAACCCUAUGCUGUUGCUUCUUAUGACAAGAAGGCUCCUCCUGGCUAUGUUAGAAGGGUGGAUCACAACAUGACAACAACAGAAACAAUUUCAAGAUUUGAGGAUCUUGCUUAUGUUAGCAUGUUUAGUGAUGACAAUCCUAAUGCUUGCUUCAUCAUGUAAUUAGUUAAAUAACGUUAAUGGUGAUGUCUAUGUCAGUUUGCACGCAGUAUAAAAUUUUGUAAGGGGGUGUUAUUAGUA